AUGCAUGCACUCGCAGGCGUGCGGAAACGAAAAGGCCCGAGGCCUAUCGAUCUCGGCUACAUCCUCCUGCUCCUUGCCUCACCCGCUCGGGGCGACCAAGGCCAUUCAGAAGUGAGGGUGACGACGAGCAUUAUCGUGACCCAGACCAUCACGACGCACCUCGGAGCAAGGCCCACCCAGCCGCCAAACCAUGCCGGCUAUGGCCUCCAGGGCUGCUACAGAAGACCAGAAGGUGACGCAGACGUUGGACUCGAAGUCAAGAUGCCGCUGAGCAACGCCGAAGCCGGUAGAUUGACCACGAGUAAAUGCCUCGAGGCGUGUAUCAGGGCCAGCCUGGGGAGGGGAGCGGUGGAUUCUUACGGCUUUGUAGCCCUCGGCGAGGGACGCUGUGGGUGGCCAUAUGAUAAGAGAACUAAGCAAAGCUCGCUCGUCCUGCUGGAUAGAGAAUGUUACUGCGCCACGAAGCUAUCCCCCGAAGUCCUGUCGGUCGGACCCGGAAACUGCUCCACUCCCUGCGCAGGGGACCAUGACAUUGCGUGCGGUGGCCUGGACCACAUCUCGGUGUACUAUCUUGUGGACUCAGCUGCGGCGGCACGCUACGCAACCCAGGGUCUGGGCACCGGCGACCCCGGAAGCCCCGCGUCCCUGGAUAGUGGCAAGAAUGGCGGGAAGGCCGCAGCCGUUGCGAUGGGCUCCCUUGCCGGCUGUGCUACCUUUGGGUUGCUGGUAUUUCUAGGAUGCAAGCUCUACAGACGUCGCGGCGACCUCGCUUCUGGUCGGAGCCGCUCGCGGGUGGCCAAGGCAACGGAAGAGAAAGACAAGCAUGGGAAUGGUGACGGAGUUCUGGUCAUCAGUGCCCCCGAGUCCGACGAGACACGGCCCGGCCCGCAGAGGUCAAGACCUGGCCCUCCGCCGCCCCUGCCACCCUUGGCCGGCCUCGACAACCACAGCGGACAGCAAACCGGGAGACGGGGGGAGAUUAUGCGGGUGCAGUUCGUCCACAGCCCACACCCGAGAAGCGAGCAGGGCGCAACGGGAGGGAGCAGCGCCUACCAGCAGCCUUCCGCAGCGGUGCCGGCCUCUCCGCUCUCGCCUGCCGACGAUGGACUGCGCCAGAGGCGGCGGUCGAGCAGCAAGCCCGUCGACUGGGCCCGGUUCGACGCCGUCAUACCCAACGGCCAGUUCUCGCCCACUACGUCGCCGACCAAGGAUCGCUUCCUCAGCGAAAGGCCGCGCCGUGCCUCGAUGACCGUCUACUACAGCAACCACGGUACCGGGUCUGCAACGUACCCGUCCACUUCUUCCGAGUCUAUCGGCGCAAACUCUGCCAUGCACCCAUCGAAAAGCCGCAGCAGCGUGGGCGGUGGCAACGAGGGUAGGGAUGCCGCUCGCUCGCAGCCACAACGUCCAGACCAGAUCCGGGUCAGCGCGUGGUCAGCCUCGACAGCAGAGCCGAGCCCCCAAUCCACCACGACGGUCGGCAGCAGCAUCCUCGACGCGUCGCCCUCGUCACCAUGCACAGCCAGGAGGCUCAACCCCGGCCAGAUGACCGCGCCCGCACCCGCAGCCACGGGCGGGCUGGGCGACCGGGCUUGGAGCCGGCGACGGCUGAGCACGCCGUUCCUGCCACCGGGCGGUGGCAGUCCGACGUCGAGUCACAGCGGCGGCUCCUCGCGGAGGUCUAGCCUCGCCGACAUUGUGGGGGACUACCACGGCGUCCGGGUCGGACGGGUGGAGCAGCAGCUGCAAGAGAAGAAGGAUGAGGAGGAGAAGGAGGAACAGCAACAGCAGCAACAGCAGAAGCAGAGGGACGACCUAAUGCCGUCGCCGUUGCACCUGAUCAAGUGGAAGAAGAGCUUUGUCGACAUGAGGCGGGCUGGCAGUGGUGCUUACGACGGCAACGACGAUGUGGAGGACUCGCCCGUCCUGCCCGUCUGGGAUGCUGCGCGCACGACGCCCAAGGUCGAGGAGCUCUCGCCAAGGGAGUCGUCCAAGGGCAAGUUUGAAGACGAGGUGGCGGGGUCGCCGAUGUCAAUUCAAGUAACCAAGGGCUUUGGCAAGGGAGGGGGUGAGCAAGACAAGUCUCGGGGGGAUGCAGGCAAGGCGGCGCCGGUGGCUGAAGAGCUGCUCAUUUUGCCAGCGACCACGUAUGAUGGUGGGAGGGUUUUGGCUACUGCUAGGAACAAGAAGAUGGUUUAG